GAACCGACCGACAGCAGCAAUCUGACGACAAGCAACCCACGUCUAUCUCUACCCACCACCACUGCACCCUACCCAAGCAAGAAGGAAGAUGAAAGUGACUGUGAAGUCGAUGAAGGCAGGGACCUUUGAGGUCGAGGCAGACAUCUCAAAGCCCGUGCGUUUGAUCAAGGAGGCCAUUUAUGCAGAGAAGAAGUCAGACGACCUGCACCCGGAUGCACAACGCCUCAUCUUCUCCGGCCGCCUUCUCAAGGACGACGAUGUCCUGGAGUCGCUCAACUUUAAGGAGAAUGACUUCUUGGUCGUGAUGGGCGGCAAGCGCCCUGCAGCGAGCAAGCCCGCGGCCGACAAGAAGGACACAGCCAGCAGCAAAUCGGAGGAGACGCCUGCAUCGUCAUCAACGACAGAGCCAAAGCCCGCGUCCACAACAACUUCCUCCUCAACACCAGCUGCACCUUCGUCUGGCCCAGCCGCCAGUGAGGAGAGCCUCAACACACUCACAGCCAUGGGCUUUGACAGGGCGCAGGCUGAGCGCGCCCUCAGCGCCGCGUUUGGGAACAUCGAGCGUGCGGUGGAAUAUCUGCAGAAUGGCAUUCCCACGAGUGCCCAGCCAGCAGCACACCAGCAAGGGGAACAGCAGCAACAGCAAGGAGAGGGCGAAGCAGACAGCACGACAGAGGAGCCCACAGCCGAAUCGACAACCGAGGCAUCACCCGCUCAUGCCGUACUGUGCUAA